AUGGAAGUGAUCGAGUUAAUGGACGCAUUUAAUUGGACAACAGUUAUUUGUGCAACCUUUGUUACGGCGUAUUUUUGCUUCACCGUUCAACGAUGCAAAGCGUUACAUCCUAAUCUUAGAUUUUUUUUGGUAAGAUAAUACUGUUCUACUCCGAAGUAAUACUUUACUAUAGAUUCAAAUCGUGUUGCCGUUGAACUUCGUCGGAUCCACUCGGCUUCUCGGAGCCCUAAAUGACAAAUUUGAAUUCUUUCAUCAUGAUGGAACCUACUGCCGAAUAGUCAACUUUGUAAAUGUUUUUGCGACCGCGCUGAGCGACUGCACAAUGUUGGCAAUAGUCGCAGAGCGUUGUGUGGCCACUUACAACAGAAAACAUUAUGAGAAUCAAAAGAGCAAUAUGGCAAAAAUAUUUGCUGUUCUGAUGCUUAUUCAUGGGGUCUGCUACAAUUUUGUUUGUGGAUAUCUGGGAAGCAAGGUAGAAGGUACGAACAAAGACACUUCAAAAAUAAAAAUUGUUCGUUUGCAGCCACUUUCCCCAAAAAAUGCAUGUACCUCGAUCGCUGGCCCUUCCUUGACUCGAUGAGUUUUAUCAUCUGUGCUAUAUUUUCCAUUGGCCCUAUGCCCUUGGUGAUUUAUUUGUACGUCUACAACAAACGACUAAAGGAAGACCGUAGAGCAUUGGAGUCGUUGACUACUCGAUACCAGCUCAGUGAAAACGUCCUAGUGCUCGAAUGCCUAUUCUACGUGUUCAUAAUUUGCUUUGGGAUCCACGGAAACUGUGGGCUCAUAACUAUGGAGAUUGCAGGUUAUAUGUCGCUGUUUGUCGAAAGCCCCGAUCUUUGGUGGAUCAACUUUUUAGCGCAUGUAAGUUAGCAGAAGCAUUCUUACCACAUAUUUUUUCAAUGUGCCUCAAAUCAAAAUCGACCGUUCCAGAUCUCUCACAUGUUCGUUGAUUUUGUCGCACUCACUAUGGAGUUGAUAUUCUUCUACUAUCACCCAGUCAUCCGCAACCGAGUGUCUAAGGAUUUGGCGUGGCUUCUGCCUCGUGUUUAUCCCGAAGAAGGGGUGACGACGAAGAAUAAAGACUUCGCUUUGAAUGAAAAUGGCAAUGGAGAGGACUAUUUCAAUCAACUACAGGAUCAAUGGGGCCAUAAAUUGGGAUCAUAG